AUGGAGGAGAUCCGUGAGGUUGCUAAAGCUUAUUACGUAAACUUGACAAAGCAGCAGCAGGAGAAAGCCCAGGAUGAUUUCAAAAAUAUGAAGAUGGAAAACAAUAAGAGCAUGAGCCUAAAUGAUUUCUUGGAUUUCGUCCUGCAAGACAAUUAUCCAAAAAGUGUUGCUUGUUCUUUGUUCAAGGAUCUAGACGUAAAUGAUGAUGGCAGCCUGGAUUUCGACGAGUUUAUCACCUUGUUCUAUCUGUAUCAAAGCAAGAGGCUAUUGUAUUGUCGUGGCUGCGAAACGUUUCUUAAUGGACUCUAUUUCACUUGCAUCAAAUGCUUUGAUUCCACCAAUAAUAGCUACGACCUCUGCUCCUUGUGUUACCGGAAAAAAAAUAUUCAGCAUGACCAUGGAGAUGCAGUCUUCUUGGACAACUACGCUUUACUCCGCCGGAACAUCAAACGCUCAUCGGAAACGGCAGUAGACCCAGUUCAGGUUGAAAAGGAUGAAAAUGAAGGUCAAUAUGUCUCUGAAUUAUCGGAUCAUCAGGAAAACAUUGCAACUGAAGCAGAUUUAGAUGACUCCAAUUACCAGGUACAUGUUUUCCACACAGUACUUAGAUGA